CCUCCCCCUUCCGCAUUUUCCUGAGGCUCUGCGGCAGUGACGUUUACUGCUGACGGCGGCCCCGGCCAGGAGAGCUGCCCGCUCUUUUUUUGCUGCUCUCCCUCCUUCCCCCUCUCUCUCACAGCCAUCCAGCUCGGCCCCUCCCUCCCUGCCUCUCGCACUCACUCUGUUACCUUCCCCCCUCCUCCCUCCCUGCCAGGCAGCCAUCGCGGUUCGGGCCUAUCGGACGGUGAACGCCGAGCCCCGGGUGCGCGGGAAAGCCCGCCAGCGUCCUCUGAAGGUAAGGCCGCGGCGAUGGCGGGCGGCCCCGGGGGCCUCCCAGGCCGGUGAUGGCGCGCAGGCUCCGGGGUGCGGGGGGGAGGCCGAGAGCCCGGCCGGGGGCUGCAGCUCGCACCGCCCCGCUUUCAUUUAGACUCCCGGCUGCGGGGGGACAGAGCCGGGGCGGCUCCCCCGGUCCCUGCGCGCUCUGUGACCCGACCGAGCCGCCGGGUUCCGGGACAGGGGAGCCGGACCGGCCGCUGGGGGGAGGGCCGCGGCCUUCCACGGCCCAGCAUGUAGGCCUGCCAGGGGCGGCUCGCCCUCCCAGGCCGCAGCUAGGCCUCGGGGAGAGGGGGGAGAGGGGGGCGAGCGGGGGCUGGCUUAUUACAGGAGCCAUGGCGGCCAGCCGGCCUGCUCGGGGCCCGGUAAAGCGAGCCUCUAUGGCCGCCACUGGAAAGCCCCAGCUCAGAUGGCGGCCAGGAAUGGAGGAUUCCAGAACUUAGAACGUAGAACGCAGGGCAGACAAGAUGGCGGCGGCCCCACAUGCUGCCGGAGAGGUGGAGGAGGGGACAUGGCCGCCAUCUUGGAAUGCUCUGAAGCAACAAAACAAACCCAGACUGGGGGAUGCUGGUCAUUAGAGCUUUUAUGGAGUACAGCUCUCAUAAUGCACAGCCAGCCAUCCUAUAUUCAAUAACAUGUGAGAGUGCUAGUAUCUAGUGGACAUAAGUGCAUGUGUGUGUGUAUAUCUCUAUAUCUAGUAUACACACCCAUAUUUCAUACCAAAUAAAUUCAUUCCCUAUUAAACAAAUCCAGACAUUUUUAAUUUACGUUCCGUCAUUGUAAAUGUGUUAAUUAUUUUUUUUAUGGUGGUUAGUGUACCUGUGGGGAGCAGGGUGGAGCAUGACGUUUUUGCCCUCCUCUCAUUAUUGGGGAGGUCUCUAGAAAUCCAUUGUUUUACAAUUGUAGCAUGAGUUAAUAUUCUCCAGGAUAUAUUGAUAAACUAGGCUUUAUGCUCAUAAACUCUGAUACAUUUUAUAGUUCUAAUGUGGCAUUUGUUAAUACGAAGUUUAUACUUUAAUUACCUAAUAGCCCUAGUGCCCCCCUGUAAAGCAUAACUUAUUACCUUUCUUUUAAAACAAUUGAGUCUUGUAGCUAGUAUAUCAUUUAACUUUACCAAUUACCAAGAGUCAAAAAGGCUAAAUUUAUAUAAAGAGCAAGAUUAUUUUCUAUCUGUACAUUACUUUACAAUAGGUGCAGAAACUACCCUAUGUUUAAUGAGUGCAAAAAAAAAAGGUUACCUGUAUGGUUUACCUUGGUACUCUUAUUAGUGGGUCUCGAUGCCGCUGCAGGACAAAACUGUAAAAUCUAAAAUACAUAUAUUUUUUUAAUCUUUAUUUUUGAAGUGCAACACGCAAUACAUGCAUUAAAAAUGACGUCUAACAGAGGGUACAUUUGCAAGAUACAUGCAUGAAUAAACUUGAAAAGCUGCACUUUUUUUUUUUUUUUUUUUAGAACAAGAGAAGUAACCUAGGAAAUACAUGCUGAAUAACAAGCUAAUCAUACAUGUCUAGUCCUAGCCGGUAUUGUAAGCUUGUAGUUGAAUAGAAAUUCUAGACAUGGCUAAAAAAAAAAAAUACUUUUUUGAUUGGAGUAACUCUUUAAAGGACCACUAUAGGCACCCAGACCACUUCAGCUUAAUGAAGUGGUCUGGGUGCCUGGUCCAGCUAGGGUUAACCCUUUUUUCUAUAAACAUAGCAGUUUCAGAGAAACUGCUAUGUUUAUAAUAGGGUUAAUUCAGCCAGUGAGAAGACGACAGCUUCCAUAGGAAAGCAUUGAGAAUGCUUUCCUAUGGACUGGCUGAAUGCGCGCGCGGCUCUUGCCGCGCAUGCACAUUCAGCCGAGGAGGAGGAGAGCCCGGCGCUGGAGAAAGAGGUAAGUUUAACCCUUUCCUCACCCUAGAGCCCGGCGGGAGGGGGACCCUGAGGGUGGGGGCACCCUCAGGGCACUAUAGUGCCAGGAAAACGAGUGUUUUCCUGGCACUAUAGUGGUCCUUUAAGCUAAAGUUGUUUUGGUUUAGAUUGUACCUUCACAGCGACACAGUCACCAUCUGGAGACUUUGCCGCAUUUGCAAAGACCCUCGAUGGUGACAUUGCCACUGUGGAUCUGCAGGCAAAGCUGAGUUCUACAUACCUAAACCUGUACUUCUAGAACACCACUAUCUUUCCGAUUGUUCCUCUUCAUCAUUGCUGUACUCUUGGGCAUACAUGAGAGUACAGCAUUGAGGUCUACAGAGCAUCCCGCAAAACUAUGGCAAGACUACGGGAUCCUCCAUAGAUAAAGCCAAAUCCCUGGAGCCGUCGCUGGUGGGGGGAGGCACUGACACUUCUAGAACGUGGUAGCUCUGCCCAGUGUCUACAAGUGUCAGGCGUACAAAAUAUGCAGAGACAUAGUAGUCCCUACUUUGUUUCAGUAUAUCUCUUGAUGGAGUUGGAAUUUAGUGAAUUUCCAACACUGUCAAUAUGAGUAUUUCAUAAAUAUUCUAUUUUUGUGCAAUACAAAUUUUGUGGGUGGUUGGGGGUGUGACAGUGCUGCUUUAAAGUGCAAGAACCUGGUCUGUGCUGCAUUUCAGCAUGGAAUGCUGCCAAAUUUGAGAGAGUUUGUCUUCACCUAUGGAAAAGUUUAAACUCCAGGUUCCAUUAAUCAGCCAGCUGUAAACAUGAAUUUCAGGCUCACUAUGUCUAUUUUAUUUAAGUUAUGCCUGGAGCAUCUUCAUGCUGCUUGUAUAAUUUGGGUUGAGCUCAAAAGUUUCACUCAUGUUUCACAUAAAACUGUUCUUUUAGGCUGAGGCCAAGUUAUCAGUGAGUCCGAACCUACUCUGCUCAUAUCACUGGAAGGUAUGUAGAGGAGGACAAGGACGGCAUGGAGGUGGCGUUGUGCCACCAUUGCCUGUCUGUCACCAACAUUCUAUGUGUGCUGAGGACAGAUGCCAAAUUUGCACGGAAUUCACAUUAGCUGCUAAUCAAGCCCUGGUGGUUCAGCAGAGUGGUUAAACUAUUUAUAUACAGUGUUUCAUAGUUAAAUGCUGCAAAUGCAGACUAGAGGCACUGUGACAAUUUAAAAUCACUAAAAGGGUUACUCUAACAAUCGUAACCACUACAGCUUGUUGUCUGUGAAACCUGGCACAGUUUCCCUGUUAUUGGGGCAAACCAAUUGACAAUGGUUUUCCUUAUUACCUGGUAGUGCUGGUAAGCAGGGUUUACAUUUGACUUCUGCAGUGCUGCAGAAGUUAGAUGUUGAUCAUGACGCUCAUUCAUAGCUGAGCAGCCAAUGAAUGAGUGUCUGUGCAUUUAAAUGGCACCAAUUCAUAUUUAUUAUAUUUACUAGUAUCUAAUUCUAUUUACAAUUAUCCUAUGGUCAGAAAAUUAAAAUGGAUACUGUUGAAAGCACUUCAUGUCGAUCUCACUCUGAGCUCUGCAUGCUGCUCACCUCUGUCUGGGGCCACUAAAAAUAGCCCCAGCUGACAGAGGGGAGCCCCGGGUAUCUAUUAAUAUCUGGGUUUCCUGGUGUGUGCACACACCCCAUCUCUAUGUAUAGGCAUUUAAAUAUAUAUUUAAGGAGCUGUUUGCAGCGCUGGCUGCCAGCACUGCAAACAACUCCUCAAAACGUUUGGGACCACUACUGACAGGUGAGCCCCAGGUGUCCAUUGAUAUCUGGGACUCUCUGAUAUGAACAGGGAUGUAAACGUGCUCAUACCAAAUAUGCAGGGCGAUUUCUGCUGCCCUUCAGGGUUUAAAGUCCACUUUAUGUAGGACAACAUAGAAUACCUUAACUGCGUUAAGGGGUUAAGUAAAAUACUAUGUUUGUAUCAUAAGACCUCUAUUUUAAAUAAAGCCUGAGGGAGUACUGGUUGUUAUUAUUAUUUCGAAUAGUGUGUACCCAUAGAUUUUACUUUGUCACAGCCUUAGCUUCUCUAGCAAGAUAUAUGUUUAUAUAUUUAGAUUUAACCUGAUAAUUUUUUUUAUUUUUAGGAGCACAGGAAGAGGUUUUAAAGUCCAGAAUUCCAUUUACAAUACUACAAGGUAGGAGUCAGCAUGUGGUUUCAAACGGUAUCUUUUUGCAGAAUGACAUGUAUAAUGUGUUUGGUUACUGAUUACUGUUCUAUAUCAGUCCCAAGAUUUCUUUAUUCUGCUUUGGAAUACUGUACAUGUAAGGUUUGAGGCAGAAUUCUUAUGAAUAUAGUCAGGUCACAGAUGUAAGUCAUAAUUCACAAAAUUGGUUGUGAACAGAAAUUAUAAAAUGUCCCUUGGCAGCAGCGAUUCCUCCCUCACUUAUAUGAAUUCCUCCAAGUUUCCAUUCUAGCUCUUCUGUUUUGUAAACGUUCUUCUAAUAUACCUCAAAACCAAUCUGUUCAGAAAUGCUUAUGGCCUACCAGAGUAACGUCUAUGUCACAUAUCUGUCUUUUGCUCUCUAUUAAAGAGUCACACUCCACUCUCACCUUCAGUUCUGCUACUUUUGCCACCUUGUUUGGUUGCUGCCCCCCUUGCAGCCCUAUUGUGUUUUAUACCCCACCUCCUCUAGACUGUAAGCGUGUUUGAGCAGAGUCCUCAUCUACCAAUUGUUCCAGUACCAUUUUAUAUGUGUCUUAUUUAUUGUUAAAUUUACCCCUUUUCAUAAUAUUGUAAAGCACUGCGGAAUACGUUGGCGCUAUAUAAAUACCAAUAAUAAUAAUUAUAAUAAUGUCAGAACUUUUGACUUGUUUAUAGAUUAAAAUAUAGUAUACUAACAGAAAAUCACAACUUUAUAGAACUGUGUGCACCUAAAAUAUCUUGUGUGGUUUGAUCCAAGCAACUCAUUUGGUUGUCAGAAUUUGGCUAUGGCUAGUUACCUAAUUUUAUAACCCCUUCUUUGGAAAUUCUCAAUGUCAAACUUGCGGUUAUAAAAUAUGUGAUAACAUCUCUCAGAUUUAUAAUCUAGGCUCAACAAGUCAAGGUGUCAGGUUGCCACGGUGACUCUUCGCUCCAAUAAUCUAUUUUCCCUACUUGUCCACAUAAGUAAGCUAUAAGGGAACAGGCCAUAUCUGCCUGCCUCUGUAGCAGUGGCAGCUCUCACUAACAGUAUUAUCAAAUCGUGAUGUUAUUAGGGGUUGCUUAUAGAUAAAAGUGUGAGGGAUUUUGCGCAUACUUUUCAAUGCUUUCUUAAUGUUAUGUGAAUGCUAAUGUUUUCCUACAAAAAAAUAAAUAAAUCCCUCAUGGUGCCCUCCUCCUUCCCAACCUACCCUUAAAACAUUGACACUUUAAAAUCCUUGUGACAGCCCUACAAAUGGUACCAAAUAAAACGUUUGAAAGACCUGGGGAUAACAACAGUAUAUAGAAAAGAAGGGAAGUACUAUAUAAUAUCCCAAACAAAGACAAGAAAAACGUGCCGAACACCCAAAAGUGUACCUCACAUACACCAAUAUAAUAGGAACAAAAAAGUAAAUCUAUACUGUAUAAGAUACUGGUAUAGAUUUUAAAGGGGUAGCACAAAAAUCACGAAGCAUACAACCUGUAAAUAAUACAACACAGUCCUUCAAAGGAUCUAGAAUAUAAGAAAAAUCACAUAAAAGUGAAGCAUGUACAAAAAUAUGUAAUUCACUGCCGUAGGUAGAGAACUUACAAGACCAUACUGUAGAUCUGCGCUUAUCUCCCUUCCAUAGGGUAUAUACCGUAUUUAUCGGCGUAUAACACGCACUUUUUCUCCCUGAAAAUAGGGGGCAAAUUAUGGGUGCGUGUUAUACGCCGGACCUUUAAAUGCUGCAGCCGACUGAGCGCUCUGUCAAGAGCGGUCAGGCGGCUGCAGUUGGUUCUCACCUCCCCUCCCCUGUAGCGUGGCCGAGCUGCUCUGCUGAACAGGAGUUUCUGUUUCCUGUACCCGGUCGGACUGACAGGAAGGUGCACACUGAGCGUGCACCUUCCUAUCACUCCGGCCGGGCACCGCGGACAGCAGAGCAGCUCGACCACGCUACAGGGGAGGGGGUAAAAAGAGAGUGGGGGGGGGGAUAAAAAGAGAGGGGGGAGUAAGAAGAGGGGAGGGGGGGAAGGGGUAAAUAGAGGAGGAGGGGGGUAAGAAGGGAGGGGGCACGAAGAGGGGAGGGGGGAGUAAGAAGGGGAAGGGGGAGUAAGAAGAGGGGGGGAAGUAAGAAAGGGGGGUAAGAAGAGGGGGAAGUAAGAAGAGGGGGAGGAGGGGGUAAGAAGUUCUUUAUUUGAAAUUUAAGGGUUUUUUUCCUGAAAUUUCCUUCUUAAAAUGAGGUGCGUGUUAUACGCCGAUAAAUACGGUAAAUAGCGAUUCUUCUCUCAAUAGACUUGUAUAUGUAGACCAAAGGCGUAAAUACAGGACACUCAAUCCUCAAAAGGAAAAGAGGUAUAUAGAGCAGUAUUGCAAACCAAAAUGGAUUUAUUAAUACAAAUUGCACUUACAUCAAGUGAAGAUUAUAGCAGCAUAUCACCACUAGCAAGUGGUACUUACAUCAAGUGAAGAUUAUAGCAGCAUAUCACCACUAGCAAGUGGUACUUACAUCAAGUGAAGAUUAUAGCAACAUAUCACCACUAGCAAGUGGUUAAUUAAUAUAUUUUUUAUUAAUUUUUUUUUAUGUGUUUUUAGUUUAUUUCUUUUUUUUAUAUAUAUAUAUAUAUAUAUAUAUAAUUUUUUAUACUACCAUAGCGGGACUCCUUCUCUUUGGUACCACUUGCUAGUGGUGAUAUGCUGCUAUAAUCUUCACUUGAUGUAAGUGCAAUUUGUAUUAAUAAAUCCAUUUUGGUUUGCAAUACUGCUCUAUAUACCUCUUUUCCUUUUGAGGAUUGAGUGUCCUGCAUUUACGCCUUUGGUCUACAUAUACAAGUCUAUUAAGAGAAGAAUCACUAUUUAUAUACCCUAUGGAAGGGAGAUAAGCGCAGAUCUACAGUAUGGUCUUGUAAGUUCUCUACUUACGGGAGUGAAUUACAUAUUUUUGUACAUGCUUCACUAUUAUGUGAUUUUUCUUAUAUUCUAGAUCCUUUGAAGGACUGUGUUGUAUUAUUUACAGGUUGUAUGCUUCAUGAUUUUUGUGCUACCCCUUUAAUCUAUACCAGUAUCUUAUACAGUAUAGAUUUACUUUUUUGUACCUGGGGAUAACCCCUGUUGCCAAAUAUUUUUUAACACUGCAAUCAUGCCCUUUAAAGGAACAUUAUAGGGUCAGGAACACAAACAUGUGUUCUUGACACUAUAGUGUUAAAACACCAUCUAGUCCCCCUUAAUAUAGUAAAAUCUUAACUUUAUUACAGUUUGCUACUGCUGGCUGUGCCCCUGAUCUUCCUGCUUGUUUGACAUCAGAAGUGGUGAUCUGAGCUAAUCACAAUGCUUUCCCAUAGGAAAGCAUUGGGUUGCUGAGAUUGUUAAGGAGGCAGAUCAGGGGCUGUGCCAGCACAAGCCAAACGCCAAAAUCAAGGCAUCUCCAUGAGGAAAGUUAAGUGUCUCCAUGCAGAGGGUAAAGACACUGAAUGGCAGUGCUGCACUGCCCCAGGAAGUACCUUUAGCAGCCAACUGAGGAGUGGCCAGUGGAGGUUUCCCUAGGCUGUAAAAGACAGUGUUUAUUGCAAAAAGGCCUGAAGGGACUGGUUAUACUCAGCAGAACAAAUACAAUAAGCAAUAGUUGUUCUGGUGACUAUAGUGUGCCUCUAAGGUUUGUUUUUCUGCUAAAGUGAGAAUUGUCUGGAAUUCAGAGUGAAUUUCUGAUUUAAGGUCAAAAUAGAAUUGGAAAAGUCAGCCAUUUUGGUCUAAAAUUUUAAAUUCACUUUUUGAAUUCCUGACAGUUCCCACUUUAUAGUAAAUAAACCUGUUGGUCAGUUUCAACUUGACUUAGCAUGAUAUCAACCUCCCUCUUCGCAGCAUUAUGAGUGUUAUUCUUGAUAAUGUGACUAGCUUACCUAUAAGAUAGUGGUCACGGUUCAUUUAUGCCAAUUAUUAUUUGAGUGUGCACUUUUUAUAAAAUGAAAACAGAAGACAGAAGAGCAAGCUGAUGUGCCUUAUGUGUUUAACAAAGUAAAGGGACACUAUAGUUACCAGAGCACCUCAGCUUAAAGGGAAACUCCAGUGCCAGGAAAACAAUCAGUUUUCCUGGCACUGCAGGUCCCCUCGCCCUCCCAUCCCCGAUUGCUGAAGGGGUGAAAACCCCUUCAGGUCACUUACCUGAGACAUGUCCCGCGGCGGUGGUUUGUGCUCGCCGCCGCUCCUCCCAGUCAUUACAUCAGCCGGUUGGCGAGACUGACCUGCCCACAGGCCGGGGAGACCUAAUGCUCAUGCGCGGCAAUGCCGCGCAUGCUCAUUAGAGCUCCCCAUAGGAAAGCAUUGGAAAUGCUUUCCUAUGGGGAAUUGAACGACGCUGGAGGUCCUCACACAGCGUGAGGACCUCCAGCGAUGCUCUAGCACAGCUUUUAUGUGCUAUAGAGCAGGAAGUGCCCUCUAGUGGCUGUCUAGUCUAGUAGACAGCCACUAGAGGUGGAGUUAACCCUGCAAGGUAAUUAUUGCAGUUUAUAAAAAGGGUAGUGGGAGUUGGCACCUAGACCACUCCAAUGGGCAGAAGUGGUCUGGGUGCCUGGAGUGUCCCUUUAAUGUAGUGGUUCUGGUGUCUAUAGCAUGUCCAUGCAUGCUAUUUUAUUUAAAAACAUUUUUGUGUUGUUUUUUUAUUUAUUUAUUAUUUUACUUUGAAUUUUCAGUUUUGUUUAAAGUAAUAAUUAACAUAAAGGGAAGAUGAUACAACCAAGUAAACAGGUGAUCUUAUGGGGUGAAUAAAUUGUUCUGGUACAGUCACAUUUGAGUGUCCCUGCAUGCUUUUUAAUGUAAACACUGCAAUAGCCUCCCAUGCUGCAGAUAAGCAAGGGGCUUGUCCUAUCAUCCCACCUGUGUUCUUGAAUGGUAUGUAUCUCAACACAACACAACAAAGAACUUGGAUAACACUGUGCGUAGAUGUAGAAAUAACCACAUUUCCGAAGUAGUGAUUUUACAGUUUUGUUGAAAGAAGUAGACAUUUGUAACAACUGUGUAUGUAAUCCGUAUGUAAAUUUAAAUUGAAUGUCUUGAUGCAUUACAUUUUUACUACUUAAUCUUUUCAACUAUUUAUCAAACUUGGAAAUAUGUGAAGUUGUAUGAAACCUGUGCACGUGUGGAGCAUUGAGCAGAUUGUUUUGUUUUUUAACUUUUUUUUUUUGUUUGCUAACUGUCUUAGGAAGAGAAGCUAAUGGUUUUUCAUAGUCAUGGAAGAAGAUGUAGCAGAGCUCGAACUACAGACAACAGAACCACAUGCAUUUUUUCAUGCUGCAGGUAUUGAUAAACUAAUGCUAAAUUAAUGCAGUUUUAAUGUUUGUAAAGGAGUGGGGUUGUGCUCAACAGCAAUGUUUGUUUGUUUUUUGGGGGUGCAUCAGUAUUUAGUGGUUAUGGUACUUACACUGCUUCUUUAUCAGACCUGCUUCAUUUCUUCUCUUACAUGCUACAACAUACAUUUUAUACACAUAGUAACUGUAUUCACUGGCUGCUGUGUCACCUGACCCACUUAGCCAAUCAAUUACUUUAAAAUAUGGAUUAAAUUGUUAUUAAAUGUAGCUUGCACAUUAGCAAUAGCUGUGCAGGGACCAGACCUGGAUGUAUUGGGGAACUCUGGUUUAACUGCUUCAACAGUUUGAUAAAAAAUCAGGGGUCAGUGCCUGCAGCAAAAUGGCACCAUAACCACUAUGUGAACAUGCAGUGGUUAUGAUUCCAAUAUUGCAACUUUUAUAUCAUGAGCUCUUCUUAAUCGGCACAUUUAGCGUUGCUUUGUGAAUGUCGCAUUUACCGUUGAGUUCCUUUACUUUGUACCAGUUUCAAGGAUGCUUGACUUAAAGAAAGCAGCACUGUCACUUAAGUUUUUCAUAAAGCUAGAUUUAAAAAAAGAAAACUAAUUUUAGACCAGCGGUUCCCAAACUGUGUGCCAGGUGCCGUGACGGGCGCACAGAGGCGCUGCGAGAUAUGAUCAUAGCACCGGGAACUGUGCUUCACUGUCCCCUGCCAGCUCUGCAGGCCCAAACGGGAGAUCAGAGAUCUCUCUCACGGGGCCCGCCAACAGUGUAUUGCUGGUAGGGAAGGGAGAGAGGACCCUGGGGAGCUCUAACCUGCUGCUCCGCCGGGUACUCCUCUUGCGAGAUCGGAGCGUUGCCGCUGUUACCACGGCAACACUCCGGAUCUCUCAAAAGUGAACUAUAGCCUGAGCUGCAGGCUAGAGUUCACUCUCACCACUGGGACCACCAGGGAUUGCAGGAAAUGUCCCCCCUCCCAGGCAAAGGUAAGCAGGGAGAGAGGAUAUGAAAACAAUUAUUUUUAAUAGAAUUUUUUUUAUAUAUAUUUAUUAAUUUGCACUCCUACCCCCACAGAAGCACAAUUACCCAUCCAUACACACACUCUGCCCCUCCAUAUACACACACACACACUGCUUCCCCCCAUACACUCACACACUGCCUCCCCAUACACUGUACCACUCACAAAACCUACCCCUCACGCACACUGUACCCCUCAUACAAUCUGCUCCCCUACAGACACUGCCCCCCCACACACUGUAUCCCUUACGCACAAACUGCCACACAUACACACACAUUGCACCCCUCACACGAACACACUGCAACCCUCUCACACACACACACUGCACCCGUCACACACACUGCUGCCCCUAACCCAGCAGAUCCCAGGUAAGUUGUCAAACUGUUCUUAAACAGUUUGACUACUUACUCUGGGAGGGCAUUACGGCACUACUGGCACCAUAACCACUACAGAGUGCUGUACUGGCUAUUGUGCCUGGAUUGUUUUUUCAAAAUAAUCUACCAGUGCCCCUCCCAAGCAUUUCUGCCGAACAGGAGCCCAGUAUUUGCCGCUGCGCUGUACAUAUAUACAACCUAGAAAAUUGUUAUGACUUGGGGCGCCUUGGAAAUUUUUUUUAAAUAUUAAAGGCGCCUUGAACCUAAAAAGUUUCGGAACCACUGAUUUCGACAGAAGAUACAAAGUAGCAACUUGUUUUUCUCCCUUGUACAAGUCAAAACUUUGCAUAUCUUGCCAUUUCCUAUCAGUCCUUACUCUUGAUGACCAGUAGAAAGUGGAAUCUUAACAUGCGAUGUGCAUUAGAUGCAUACGAUAACUUUUAGUGCAAGAUCAAUGGAGGGUCAUGGAGCAUCUUCGAUAGACAAACCCUACUUUUGUGUUAGUGCUUGAGUACACAAUUGCCACUGCUCCUGAAGAAUGAAGCUUACAGAAUUUUAAAAUACAGAUGAAGAGUGACAUGGCGGCAAGGAGAAAGAGUGAGGUAAGUUUGUCUCUCUCUCUCUCUGAGAUCUAAAGCGAAAUGGUCUCCUGUAGGCAGUAGAAAUUUGUAGGUGCUUUCCACUAACUUAACUUACACAAUUGUGAUCUGCACAAUAUUUGCACUCACACAAAGUGCUUCAGUGCUACUCCAAAACAUUUCUACAGUGAAACACUGAAACACUGAAAACUAUUUAACUUAUAUAUUGGUCAGCUGUCGUCUUGUUGCAGCAAGGAAGAGAGUCUGCAAGGUACAGGCUUUCAGGCUAAUUGCCCCAUGAAUGCAUUAUAUGUUGAAUGUAUUAAACAAUGAGGAGUGAUUUCCAACUUCCUGGUGUGUUCUAUACAGUUUUUCCUCUGUGACUGUCUGACAGCUAACUUUUAUUAGAAUAUAUUUUCCCCUUGUGCUGUGGAAAAAUUUACUUUUGAUAUGAUCUUUAGAAAGCAGCCUUGUCAUUAUAAUCUCAGGCUUAUGUGGGAUGGUAACAUUAAAGGAUAUGUAAGUAGGGAGCUUUUUAGUAGACCAGAUUGGUAUAGUAACUUCCAAAUGACUAUAUAUAUUCAGAACCGAAUUACAUGACAUUCAUGUCAUUCUUAUUUGCAGUCUUAUAUUGGGUACUCUAAAUGACCGAAUCGAUGUGUCCAUCAUGCAAUUCUGAACUUGUUUGAUGCAGUCAUGUGGUGAUUCAGUUGUUCGGAUGAACCGCUGAAUCUGCCAAUUAUUGUCUGAAUUGAAGUUUAUCUGAAUGCACAAGUCUAGUUUCUACAAAAUCUGAAAUUAAGCAUUUUUAGAAAUGAACAACACGAAAUCGAAAGUGUACCAUUUUUUAGAUUUCCUUUUUAAUGAGCUGGAGAGAGAAGAUAAUACAAUUAUAGUUGUGUCAUAUUUGAAAAAGAUUUUACUUUAGUUUAUGGCGACUUUCACAAUUUUCUUAAAUUGUAUCUCAAGAUGAGCACAAGGGAUAAAGAUUUUGUGUUCUCAUUCAAAUUUCUGAUUUCCCCACAGGCAGACCGCAUCUUAAUGGCAAUGAAAUAAUUGUAGAGAUCCAGGAGACUGUCUUUGUUUCUGAUGGUGAUGGAGGUAUGGCCGUACAGGGAUUUUCUGAUGAUGCAGACUCGGUGGUGAUCCAGGAUGUCAUUGAAGAUGUGGUAAUUGAGGAUGUCCAGUGUACAGACAUCAUAGAAGGAUCCCGAGUGUCAGAAACUGUUAUCAUCCCUCAGCAAGUCCUAGAGGAUGAGAUAGAAGCAGGAUUAGAUGAACAAGAGCUUGAAGAAAAUGAAUUAUCUCACUGUGAUGUUUCAGAAAGUGUUUUGGACUCUAGUCUCGUUGAAAGCACCUUGUCUGAUGGAGAGAAUAUUGUUCAUUCUGUCUCUGAAAACGUGGAAGAAGAGAUUACAGAGGACAGUUUAACAGAGGACAUGAUUUCAGAAGAGGUCCUGGUAGCAGAUUGUGCUUCAGAGGCAGUGAUUGAUGCCAAUGGUAUUCAAAUACAGGGACAUGAUGGCGAGGAAGUUAAUUGUGAUGACUAUCUCAUGAUCUCAUGUAAGUGUGAAAAUAAUCAUGGCAUCAGUGUUUUACAUUGUGGUUCAGGAGAAUUUCUGUUUGACUUAGGUCAGUUUUGCUGACUUCCAUAGAAUAAAUGCCAAAAUCUUUUAGGUUCUGUGUUUGAGUGCUAUAUUCUUUUAGCUAAUAUUCAGCCUUGCCGAAAAAUACUAAAAAAGGAAGCAACUGCAGUAAAGCAAGGGGAAAAUAAUUUUUGUGCUCCUGCUGUCCUGUUACAAUAUUGCUGUUCCCAUGUGAACACGACAGUCACAAAAAUUUAAGGAAAAGAAAACACUUGACGUAGGUGAUCAAUUGUGUUCAAAGGUGUAAUCCCAUUUUAUUUGUAGAGCUUGUGUAAGUGACAAACAUUUUGGAGCCUAAACCCUGUAUCACAGUCCAUUUGUGGCAUGCCUACUCUAACAUACAUUUAACCCAGGUAGUUAAGCUCUCUUAGCCAGUCCACUGGAUUCAUUAAAUCAGCACUAUCAUUUGCCUUUUAUUCUUUUGCUUUUUGUUUACUGUAUUGCUUGUGAAUGUAUGGCUUUGACUUUUUUCAUUUUUAGUGGAUGAUGCCGAGAAGAUUAAUGAACACUGUACAGAGGAAAUAACAAUGGGAGGAGAGUUAGACGGGGAUCCUAGCAAACUGGAUGGGUCGUGUCCAGAAGUAAUCAAAGUCUACAUUUUCAAAGCUGACCCUGGUGAGGAAGAUUUAGGUAAGGGAUGCCCUUUGCACUGAAUCCUAAACAUUUUUAUUUUUUGCAGCAGUUAGUUGGGAGAAUAUCCUUGUGUCUGUGUUUGUGAGACAUAGACGUAAAAGAAAGUAUGCAGACUAUUCAAUUCCAGCCCUUGUAGUAUACUGUGUACAAUGUAUGUACUGGGUGAGGUGUUGUAGAUUUCAUUCUCUACAGAGCUUUCAAUGGUGAGGGUUUUGUUUUUAACCAUUUUUAAAUGCUUUAUAUAGAUAAUAUGCAGUCUGUGACUCUGAUCUCUCCCAGGGAAGGUAAGAGAGCACCUUCCCUAUCAAACAUUCAGCACACACACAACAAAAUCAGCACUAGCAACCCAGAGUUCUGUGUGACGCCUGCUUGAAUUACUGCUGCUGUAAGUGACUCUGAGAGAAUAGUGCUCUCCAGGUGCUCUAAGCACUGUGCACUUUGCCUAUACGGACACUUUAAAUUGCCAGUGCUAUGCUUUUUAAAACCCUCUUUUUUCUUGGUAGUUUUUAGUUUUUUUUUGAAUAUGUGCAUUACAAGGUGCUGAAGAUGGAUUUCCUGCUAUGCACUGUCAUUGCCAUUACAUGCAGCCCACUCACCAGGGCUGAAAUUACACUUAAUAAUGGCGAGUGGGUAAAUGAAAAUUUUUACUCAAAAUUCUUACCAGUUUGGAUAUCCUGUCUCUUAUCUAAGCUAAUUUCUUAUGUACUUUACCUAAGAAAAUUUGCUUACUUUACUAUCUUACCUGGAUACUUCACUCUUUUUUAAAAAUGAAAAGGGGGGGGGGGGAAUGUACAAAGACACAAAUGUUUAAUUAUAAUGAUUUGUAACAUUUUAUAUGAGUGUAGUGUUGUUGUUUUUUCUUGCAUAGCUGCAAUUAUAAGCAUAAAGGCUGUGACCUCUGUGCACCAUAACCUAUGUAUUGUUUAGCGUUGCCCUUCAUGUUUAUUUACUAAAGUGUAAAUUAUCUGGAGUUUAGAGUAAUUUAAAAGAAUUUCUUAAAGGACCACUAUAGUGCCAGGAAAACAUACUCGUUUUCCUGGCACUAUAGUGCCCUGAGGGUGCCCCGCCCGGCUCUGGAAGGGGGAAAGGGGUUAAAACUUACCUUUUUCCAGCGCUGGGCGGGGAGCUCUCUGCCUCCUCUCCUCCUCCUCCGUUACGCCCCGCCGGCUGAAUGCGCACGCGCGGCAAGAGCUGCGCGCGCAUUCAGCCGGUCUCAUAGGAAAGCAUUUACAAUGCUUUCCUAUGGACGCUGGCGUGCUCUCACUGUGAAAAUCACAGUGAGAAGCACGCAAGCGCCUCUAGUGGCUGUCAAUGAGACAGCCACUAGAGGAUAGGGGGAAGGCUUAACCCAUUCAUAAACAUAGCAGUUUCUCUGAAACUGCUAUGUUUAUUAAAAAAUGGGUUAACCCUAGCUGGACCAGGACCCAGACCACUUCAUUAAGCUGAAGUGGUCUGGGUGCCUAGAGUGGUCCUUUAAGACAAAAUUGCUCCACAUCCUUUUUGUCGUUGAUUGUCAUGUUCUUACUUGCCCCCUUCCAGUAGUACACCACUUCUGUGUGAAGUUGUGAUGAACUGGGCAUGUACAUGAUUUGGGGGAAGGCAUUUAGUGAGAGAGCCGCGUUAACGGUUACUACAAACAACAUGAUUACUUCAGUAAUUUAGAGACACUCUGGGCACCAUAACAACUUCAUGAAAAUGAAGUUCUUAUGGUGCCAGGAGACCCCUUAUCUCAAGAACAUUUUAACCCCAAAGUUGUCUCCAGUGGCAAUGUACACCACUCCCUCACCCCGCAUCAAUUUCAGAUUCAGGAAGCAUGGAGAGACACUAGUAUGACGCUCUCAGCUCAAUAGUGACUCCCCAGUUACAAAAUUAGUUUGAUAAAGAUACAAUCAGCAGCGCCAUAUGGCCAGAUGCUGCCUAGAGGGGAGUAGACAUCGCCGCUGGCAACAACGUGGGGAUUAAAGAUUAAGUUGUUUUGGCGCCUGGAGUGUCCCUUUAAAGUGAUUGUGAUGUUUUGAGUCUGUAUGUGCGGCGUUUAACACCAGCUGCCAGUGUUGUAACUAUCUCUUGCAGUGUCAUUAUCCAGUCUGGAACAAGUGCUCAGGAUUGGCUAAUGUAAAUUCUGUGUAUAUUACUUCGUAGAUGCUAAUUCAUUGGUUGAGAGAAAUAAACUGACACUUAUCCAGUGAAUGACCCAGGACCAAGGUGAGAGUGCAAAAUGAUUUGCGCCAUUACUGAAAAACUACCCAGGGUGCUCCUCGCAUCGUAGCCACUAAAAUGGGAUAUAGUGGUUAUGAUGAAUGUUGUAACUCUUUUUUAAUAGAAUGGCUGUUCUUCUUAACACAGAGUGACUUUUUAAAAUCAAUUUAUAAAGUUCUGUUCAAUGCACAACCAUGCAAUUGUGUAAGAAUUUAUUCAUAAUGCUGCUUGGGGAACCAUUUGCCCUAUUUGGCUUUACAAUUAUGGCAUAAGGUGGUUUUCAUUAAAUGUACACAUAGCUUAAAUCUUAUUAACAAAAUAAAAAUUAACUAAUUUAUACGAAACAUCUGGCACAACAGGAGGAACAGUAGACAUUGUGGAAAGUGAGUCUGAGACUGAUCAUGGAGAUGGACUUCUCGAUCCUCACUCUGGUGGGCGCCUAACCAGAGAAAAGAUGGUUUAUAUGGCUGUAAAUCACUCACAGAAUGAAGACAAUGACCUUGGUCAGUACCACUUUUAGAUUUAAAAAAUAUAUAUAUAUAUUUAUAUUUAUUUUUUUUUUCUUCCUGAGGUCUUGUCUGCUGUCCUUAAAAUAGUGUAGCAAUGUUAUUAAAAUUACAAUGCAUUUCUUUUCGAUUGGCUUUCCCUCUAGUUCCCUUGGCUAUUGUUAAUUUUACUGUACAUAUUGCACAAUCUUUAUGUAGAUUCCAAGUAGGUAUGCAGCAAUGUGAUAGUGUGUGUGUGUAUUUGUUAAAACAGAUAUACUUGAAAAAUGAGCCCAGUAAUCUCAUUUUACUUUUUUUAUUACUGAUUCUCAAUUUAUGCCUCUUUAAUUCUUCUUUAUCUAGAUGUAGCAGAGAUAGCAGAUGAAGUGUAUAUGGAAGUAAUUGUUGGGGAGGAAGAUGCUUCAGUAACACUAGAUCAUCAGCUGGAUGAUGCUGAACUGAGCAAGACAUUCAUGCCAGUUGCCUGGGCUGCAGCUUACGGUAACCUUUCCAGCUAAUUUAUAUUUCAUCAUAUUCAAAACUAGUUAUCCAGUAUUCUAUAGCCUGCACUUGCUGCUCAAAAAAGUUGCACACCUAAAGCAAAGGGUGAUAUAUUGGCACUGUCUCUAAUAUUUAUUUUUUAUUUUUGUUAUGCUAACCAAAUUCCUAGCUAGCGAAAUAAAUUAUUUAUUUUUUAUCUCUUGAUUUUUUUUUGAUUUUUUUUCUUUGCUUUUGCUGGUGGUGCAAACUACACAUUUGCUUGCCAUGAUGGAUGUGCAAAAAAAUUAUCUAAGGCGGUGGCCAUGUUUAUAGAGAAGGCAGUAAACUUCUCUAAACUUAAAUCUAUAUAGCUAUCUGCUAUUUAGCUUGCACAAUAAAAUAUCAAUACCGUCCUAAUGUAGGCCUUUAAUAACUGUUGUUUGUUUAGAAGAAAACAUCAACAACUUAAUUCUGUACAUCACCAGUGAACAGUGUUGCCGGAAAAAAAUAAUAAUAAUAAUUUGAUGAUCUCAAUACAAUGCCUUCCCAUAUGAAAGCAUUGGGAGGCGAUUGUGCAGGCACAGCAAAACGCUAAGUUGCACCAAUCAGCAGCUCUUCAGACGUGCAUCGAAUCAAUCAAUUUAUUUAGCGUCUCCAUACAGAGCGACUGCCACUAGAGGUGUUCCUAGGCAGUAAUGUAAACACUGCCCUCUCUCUGAAAAGGCAGUAUUAACAUUAAAAAGCCUGCAGGGACAGGCUAUAGACACCAGAAAAACGACAUUAAGUAGUUGUUCUGGUGACUAUAAUGUCCCUUUAACUUACAACUUCUUCAACAGAAAGAUCUUUUAUUUACAAAGUUCAGCAUGCUCUUUGUUUUUCAAUUUGUUGAAAUUUGCUUUAAGCCCUUAGGGACAGAAGAAACUGUCCAACAUCUGAACCAAAACAAAACCUAGAAUUUGUGCUGUGUGUUUGAUCUACUAAAAUAUAAGGGUUUUUCUUUAAGUACAACCACUUUUCCCAUUUCCCAUUUUACUUGUGAUAACAUGACAGUGGGAAGUCCCAGGUAUUGAUUUAAAUAUGGGUCUCCCUUUUGUGAGCAGGAAUUUAACCAUGCUCAUACCAAUUCCCUGUUUUAAAAGCUGUAUACAGUUCAUCUGUCAGUCUGGGGCCACUAAAUAACGUAUCGGGUUCUCUCUGAUGUGAGAAGGGUUUUAAAUCCUGCUUACAUCAAAACUUUAGGACCUUUCAUGCUCUCCUAACGGCGUUAAAGCCAACUCUUUUGGAGGACAACAUGGAGAGUCCUAGCGUUGUCAAGGGGUUAAUGCCUCUGUUGAUUCUAUUAUUUUUAUGUUCUUAUUAACCAUUGUUGCCUUUCUCAUAGGUAAUAACAUGAGUAACAGUGUGGAAGGGGUUGAGCACAGGAAUGGAACUGCUAGUGCCCUUUUGCACAUAGAUGAAUCUGAUGGGCUGGACAGACUAUCUAAGCAAAAACCAAAGAAGAAGAGGAGAGGAGAAAAUAGGCAAUAUCAAACAGGUCUGUCAUUUGGUUUCAGAGAGGGUUUAAAGUAGUCUUCACUAAACUUUACAACAAACUCAAAAAUCUUACAGUCAUAAAAACAUACAUUUUAUGUGUUUUUAAUACAAUUUGUCUUUGCAUGUGUAAUGCAUUUGAACAGUCUGGGCUGGUACUACAUUAAGUUUAAUGUGCUGGUUCCUGAGGACUCUUUGAACAGGGCUGGUUGGGGUAAUUCUUUCCUGAUCAGCCCAUUACAGCGCAUGCUGCCUCUUGCAUAUUCAGAGACAAACUACUUUUAUGCUGCAUUUCAUAUAUAAUUUCAUAUUACUUAGACUUGACUCAUUCUACCAGGAAACAGACUCACUGUACUGGAUUAAUAGGAAUGCCACUUGUGCCCAAUACGUAGCAUUCAUAAGCAGUGCAAUAGAAAAAGGUUUAUCUUUAUUUAUUGUAUACACGUUAUGCAAUAUAUAAAAUGGCUGAAACUGAACACCCUGGAGUGAGCCACAUACUAACAUAGUUCAGUAUAAACACUGAACACAAUUUUUAUUUAUUUUUUUUAUCCUACAAGCGGACACAUUUUGACUGAAAAGCUUGUGAUUUUGCAUACCAAAUGUUAUAUUUUAUAAAGUGCUCUUGUCUGACAUACUGUUGUCUAAAAAAAUUAUAUAUUUUUUCUUUGAUAGCCAUAAUUAUUGGUCCUGAUGGCCAUCCACUUACUGUUUACCCAUGUAUGAUCUGUGGCAAGAAAUUUAAGUCAAGAGGCUUCCUGAAGCGGCACAUGAAAAAUCACCCAGAGCACUUGGCCCGGAAAAAAUAUCGCUGCACAGAUUGUGACUACACCACCAACAAGAAGGUGAGCCUGCACAAUCACCUGGAGAGCCACAAGCUGACUGCUGCUGUAAUCAAAACAGAGAAGGAACUGGAUUGUGAUGAGUGUGGGAAGGUAUUUUUGCACAGCAAUGCUUUGUUUGCCCACAAGCUCACCCACAAAGACAAAGCUGGCAAUAAAAUGCACCGGUGCAAGUUUUGCGACUAUGAAACAGCAGAACAGGGUUUACUGAACCGUCACCUAAUGGCUGUACACAGCAAAAGCUUCCCACACAUCUGUGUUGAGUGCGGGAAAGGUUUCCGCCACCCGUCUGAGCUAAAGAAGCACAUGCGCACACACACUGGUGAGAAGCCUUACCUGUGUCAGUAUUGUGACUACAGGUCAGCUGACUCCUCCAACUUGAAGACUCAUGUCAAGACAAAGCACAGCAAGGAGAUGCCCUUCAAGUGCGACAUCUGCCUGCAAACAUUUGCUGAUUCUAAAGAACUGCAGGCUCAUGCCAUCUUGCACCAGGAAAGCAAAAGUCACCAGUGUCUGCACUGCGACCACAAAAGUUCCAACUCCAGCGAUCUAAAGCGACAUAUAAUCUCUGUGCAUACCAAGGACUAUCCUCACAAGUGUGAAGUGUGCGAGAAGGGCUUCCACAGACCCUCUGAGCUCAAGAAACACGAGGCUGCACACAGGGGAAAAAAGAUGCAUCAGUGUAGACACUGUGAGUUUCAAAUUGCUGAUCCUUUUGUCUUGAGUCGACAUAUCCUGUCUGUCCACACUAAAGAGUUACCUUUUAGGUGCAAACGUUGCCGAAAGGGCUUCAGGCAGCAGACAGAACUAAAAAAGCACAUGAAGACUCACAGUGGUAAGAAAGUAUACCAGUGCGAGUACUGUGAAUACAACACCACAGAUGCUUCUGGCUUUAAACGCCACGUCAUCUCCAUUCACACCAAAGACUAUCCACAUCGCUGUGACUACUGUAAAAAAGGUUUCCGUCGGCCUUCAGAAAAGAACCAGCAUACCAUGAAACAUCAUAAAGAGGCUUCAUUAGCAUGAUCUAGUCUAUUCUAGACAUUCAAGUGAAUACUAUAAACCCACCCGUUCUUGUAAAGGAGACUGUAUAUUAUUUGUUUUGGUUAUGCAGUUUUCAUGUUUCUAAACAGCUAUUAUUUUUCUACAUCCGUCGUGCUCUUUGUUUUACAAAUUAAUUGAGUUGCAAAGCUCAGGGCAGUGAUGUAGAUGUUUAUUUUUUUUCUCAAUACUUAAAAUCUUGGGACAGAAGGAAGUAUCAAAAUUGUGGUUUAUCUUGGGAAAAGCUGCUAUGUUUUGCUAAGGGUAGAUGUGCAUUUUAUUUAAUUAUUCGUUCCUGAAGAUUAAAAACUAGAUGUGCUACCUGCAACAUUUGACAAGGCAUCAAAAGCUAACCUAGCAGGAAACUGUUAUUUGCUGCGUUUAAUAGGCUUUGGGAGCUUGGUUAUGUAGCAGAUAGUUGUGUUUUGUGUUUGUUUUCUACAAUGUUAAAUAAAUAUCUCCAUGCACCAGUUGUGUAAGGUUGAAAGGUGGAAAUAACUGUAUAAUGUAUUGGCUGAUUAAAUUCUGAUCAGUAAAUUAGCUUAAAGGGUUAUUUCAACCAAAUAAGUGUUUUUACAAAACCUUUGGUUAGAGUUACCCUUUUUGAAAUGUUGUGCCCCUCCACCCUGUUUAAGAAAAAGAAAAAAAAAAACACUAAAACUCACCUCUGUACCAUAGCCAAGUCCACGUUCUUCCUGCAGCUCGAUCCUCCUUGCCUGUUUUCACUCAACCUUGCUGGAGGGUUAGGGAAGAUGGGGGCAGCAUGGGAGGGAUUGUCUGGCGGCAGCAUGCAGUGCGCGCUGGCAUCAGACGCCAAUUUUGCACAUGAUAGACAUUAGCCAGGCCAGAAUGGUGUUCUUGGCUGGCUAGUGAGCUCCCAGAGAUGGAGUUACACCUCCAGUAGCUAAGGGGUUAAUCUCUGUGUGUGCAGCAUUUCAAAGCGAAACCCUCCACAUACAGUCUCCAGGCACAAGUGACCUCUUCAGAAUCAAUGAAGUAGUCAUGGUGCUCGUGGUAACCCUCUAAUUACCUAAAGGUGCAAUUUUCAUUCUAAAAGCAAUAUCUGAAUGCUUUCCCAAUAAUUGUUUCCUCAUUUAAAAAUUCCCUCAAGAUACUACUUUUUCAUGUGUGCUUGUAUAAAGCAUCUGUCACUUUUGAGUGUCUGGAAAUGAUAAAAUUGUUUAUGAUAUAUUCAUAUUGGCUGCUUUGGAAUUUGUUUGAAAUUACAAUGCAGUCAAGAUAUCAUAAGACAAAGUAGGGACUAUUUGUCUAAUGGUCAGACUAAUUUGUUCAAAGGCAGAGCUUGCCAUCAGUGGAAAACUGGCAUCUUUCUGUGCAUUGCGAGAGUUAUUCCGUGGAGGUUCUCACCGGAUCCUCCCAAGACCUCCACGUUUUGUUGUGAGGGAGUGCUUCAGGUAAGUAUAUCUGCUGCAAUAGAAAUGGGCAUGUCACUUUUCAAAAAUUGCAAAAAACAAACAAUAAAAAAAAACAAAUUUUAACAUUCACUUUAAAAGCAAUUGUAUUUAC